AUCGAUAGCGUCACCGCAUGCUGCCAUCCGACUGCGUAAGAAGGAAAUAGGCCCGAGAAUAUAAUUGUGCACCGAUGAUGAGGACCUUGGGCUUGAGGCCAGGAUCGGACAAAAGCUCGAUAAAAUUAGGAGAUUGCGGACUUCGAUCGAUUCAAUCGGCUUGUCCAGAAGCAGACGCGGUUUGCAGUUUCGUGGGAGACUCGGUGGUGGGGAAUUAGCAUUUGGAUCGAAGACAGACAUAACGAGUCAGGGUGUGGACAGGUUGGGCUGAAAAGUCCGAGAACUCGAAGCGUGAUGUCGCGCUCGUGUCAUCUCGCUCGUUCUCUUGUGGGUUCGAAUUCUCGCUGGAGAGAAGUGAGUGGAGGAGAACGCGACGGAAGGCGUGCGAAGGAUGAAGAGAAAUGCAGGUCCCAACUGCUCCGAUCUUGGGACAUUUCGCUAGAUCAGCAAAUCGGCGUGAAGCUUUUUGGUCUAAAGAUGACAGCGAUUUUCUCUCGUUUACCUCUUCGGCUCGGAACGAUGGUGCACAAGGACUCUGUCGAGUAGUCAAGAGCGAAGGGUCCACAGCCGGGACAAGGCUUUCCUCCACUUGAGGAGAGGCAUCUCAGAGCGCCCGGCCCUAAUAGGAUCUUGGUGCGCCCCGAGCAGCACCUUCUGCCCAGCCAGCGAGCCAGCCGGCCAGACAACGAGAUCCCCAGUGCCCCACUGAUGGUGCCUGGAAAGGAAAGACCGGACCUUAGCUAGCUGCCGCCCUAGAGUUGGAGAAAGUCUGUUCGUACGAGCUCGGCCUGGGACCCGGCUGUCCGAAAUGAGUGAAGGCGUCGCGCCGUCUCGCACAAUGAUGCAAGGCAUCCCCGGUACGAGCGGCAGCGGCUGCUUUAGGAAGAAAAAUCGCUCCGUUCCCUCUCGAAUGUCUUGUAAAUGUAAAGCAAGCCUUCACACGACGAGGAGACUCUCGGAAGAUGAGUGUGACGGUAGCGGUGAAUUUUUGGAAUUGGCAGGUGCCUCCAGGCAACAGCAAGGCGACAACACGCGUUGCCUCUAGACAGGAAUGGUGGGAAGCAUCGACAUGAUGAGGGACGAGGACUUCACAGAUUUACAUUGCGUGUCUCAGAGACAGCAUGAUGAUCGCGGGAAGAUAGACAGAUAGAUAGACAGAAGUAGCUUGCAGGCAGACCUUUCCCUAAGGACGUAUAAUUGGUGCAAGUCUGGGUUCGAAAAGAGC